AUGGCUAUAAUAGCAGCCAUUACACAUCUGGUCAAGAGCUUCAUCCAAUCAAAGUAUUUCCUAUUUGACGUCCUAAACAACCUUAUCCUCGCUCUCUUCUGCUUAUUCCUCCUAAUCUCAGAAACCCCCCUCCUGAGCAUCUACUACAAGCGCCGCUGGCCCCUCUUCGGCCCCGACUCAUCUCUCGUCAGCAUCGGCGUCGCAGAAGUCAUCGUCGGCUUCCAGCUCCUCGGCAUGGUCAACGACCAGCCCCAUGAGCACGGCGAGAAAAAAGACGAACCCGCCGCCGUCCUCAUCUCCUUCGACAAGAUCCUCAUGGCCUCCGGCUCCCUCGUCUGUGCCACCGGCGCAAUAGUCUUCAUUGCCAACUUUGUGUUCUGCAACUCCCAGACCCACACAACGGCGCGCACCAUCCGCACAUUCUCAAAGAAGGCCAAAGAAGCGCGCAAGCCCGCCACACUGGACCGCGUCACCGUCGACGGGGAACCCAGUAUCGAGCGUCCCCAGCGCACGUUUUCCAAGGCAUCGCGGGUUGCGCCAGCUGGUCACGAGCUCGAGAGGGAGCCGUCAGUACAGAAUGUCGAGAUGGUUAGUAGGAGGCCUUCGGUAGCAUCUAGUGGUAGAGGUGCGUUUCCGUAUGCUACUGCGUUUAUGCCACCGCCACGACCACCACCGCCGAAUGAGGAGAGUAGGGCGAGUUGGGUGGAGGGCUCGGAGGAGGCGUUCUCGCAGUCGCAGUAUACGGAGGUGAGGCCGACGCCGCCACCGGCGACGGCGAAGUAUGGUGUGCAAGGGAAUCCGUAUGAGUCUUCGGAGGCGGGAGAGUCGAGUUAUUCGUCGAAGCCGUCGCCGUCGGAGUAUAAGGUGAAGGGGAAUCCGUAUGCGAGGAUUGAGGAGUAG